AUGCCAGAAGACUACGCCGCGAUGUCGUACAUUGCUGCGCCGGCGAUUGGCUUUGCGCUGCAGCACAACCCGCACUUGAAUCUCGGCACGUACUUGGAUGUGGCGCUGGCAUCGUUGGCGCAUCGUAGCUACAUCAUCGACUCGAUCGACGCGAUGCAGGGGAAGCUUCUUCUCCACGCAGUCGCGUCCGAUGCCAACGACGACGUCCUUCUAGCGUUUCUCGGGCGACUGCGGAAUGCGCCAACGAGCUUGGCCCACUGCACGCUCAUCGCCGCCCUCUGCGCGCUUCUCAAGACGCGAUCGGUCGCGCCGCGGACGCUGGAUGUGCUGGCGACCAUCGUCGUUCGCGUGUUUGACUGCUUGUACACGCCGGUCGCCCGAAUGAUCGAGCACCUCUUGCCCCACUACUACAACGACACGGACGUCAUCUUGCUGUACCAAGAGUCGGCCGUCUUUGCCGUGUGCGAAGCGCUUCUCGCUGAUGCACUCGAUUUUUUCGCCACGUAUGCGCCGCAGCGCGCAGGGAUGCUCGUGCACCGGCUCCGUUUGAUGCUCGAGGGGUCCUAUGAGAGCGGCCAGGUCCUUCCCGUGCCGCCCGCGGCCGUGCUCUUGCCGCUGCUCUCGGUGUUUGCGCAACGAUGGCCGGCGCUGUCGGUGACGUUGCGCGACCAAUUGAUCGACUUGUUGCGCGCCGACAUCCUUGCCUCCUCCUCCAUCGUGGCGGAAGCCAGGGAUGACGACCUGAUGGACAGGCUCUUGGACCCGUGCCGCUGUACGUGCGCUCUCUGCAACGCGCUCUGGGAGUUUCUUCGGACGCAACAGCGGAUUCUGGAAAAAUCCUUUUUUGACCCGUGUUGCGAGGCAGCGCGGACGAUGGCCGGUUUGCAGGCAGCGGGCUUUAUCGACGACGGCGACAUGGUCUACUCCAAGACGUACAGCGAAGAGGACGACGAGAGAGCCCAAUACGAAGACGGGUACGCACUGCCGUCGUGGCAGUCGACGCUGCUGACACGAAUGCACCUUGCGGCGCUGAAUCGUCUUUCCCAGCUAGGCAUGUAA